UGCGAGACUACGGUAGGCCUACAAAUUGUUUUCGCGCUGAGGACCAAAUGAUGGUUAAUACAUAUGGCCAGUAGAACUGCCAAUGAUUUGGUCAUGACCUAAAUCGAGAGAAAAGUUUGUUUUACCUAAAGACAGGUCAGCAAAAACCUAAUCACUGCGAUAACUCGAUGGAAGUCCACGGCAGGCCCAUGAAAGUCCACGGAGAUAGGCGUGAGACUAGUACACCGACAUAUAAAGAUCGACCUACAUGUACGUAAUCUUAAAUCGCCGGAUAGGUCUGUCAAAAACUCCAACCGCAGGAUCAAAUGUACUUGAAUCAGUCACCUCUGCCGGAGUAUGGGGAACAGGAAGAUUGUGUUGGCUGCAUUGGUCUUAGCCCUGGGGUAUUCGCUCUAUCACCCACUCCCUGAUGGCAUCGCCGAGCCGUGGAAACUCCGGUUGUUGCUUCUGAACACCAAAUUCUUCCGUACUUUUGGAUAUAUUGGAAGCCUCCUGGGUAUAGCCACUGAUCUGAACAUCAUUCGAGCAGGGGCCGAGUUUUCACUCGCUGACAGAUUCCGUGAUCCCAGAGUGACGGUGGAAGAUAGAACAUUUGAUAUUCAUGGUGCUUACGAAAUAAAGGCACGAGUCUAUCGUCCCAAGACUCAGAGAGACGAAGCACUGCCGUGCCUUGUGUACUUCCACGGGGGCGGAUUUGUAUUUAUGAGCGUGGCUUCCCACGAUGCGCUCACCAGCUACAUCUCCGCGGAGGCUGGCAUCGUAGUCAUUUCCGUCGAGUAUAGACUGGCCCCUGAACAUGUAUUCCCAGCAGCUGUGAACGAUUGCCACAUGGCAACUAGACGGAUCAUCGAGAAUGCAGCGAAGCUGAGAGUCGACGUCGACAGAAUAGGAGUGGCAGGAGACAGCGCUGGAGGGAAUCUUGCUGCUGUCGUGUCAUUGGCUCUUCGACAAGACAAGUCUCUCAACCAACAAAUCAAAUUUCAAGGUCUUCUGUAUCCAGCACUUCAAAGUUUCGACUUCCGGUUGCCGUCAUACCAGACUUGUAGCGACGUCAUUCCUGAUAUCCUUUCUGCGAGGCGUAUGGUCGAAUUUUGGCUGUAUUAUUUUCAAGGUCGUCUCGAUAAUAUUGAGAAAGUUUUGAAAAACCAACACAUAUCUGAGUGGAUCAGGCGUUCAAGGUAUGCCGAUUACGUCAAUCCAGAAUAUUUACCAGGCAAAUAUCGUUCAGUUCGACCCCCCAACGCGCCUCCAGACCCUGCCCUAUCGGUACAGUUCAACACGUUCUUGAGAGACGAAAUGGCUAAUCCAUUGAUGGCCGACUCGUUGGAAGGCCUGCCCCCAACGUUUAUCUUAACAGGCGAGUAUGACGUGUUACGCGAUGAAGGCUUCCUGUACGCCCGUCGUCUAAGAAACGGAGGUGUAGCUGUGACACACCGCCAUUACGACAGCGGAUAUCACGGCUUUCUAUCCCUCCUUAACACGCCUGUGGAGCCGGCCAUAACUCGUCAAGCCUUAGCAGACUUCAUCGGCUUUAUGAAAUCAAAUGGAUUCUAAGGAUUGUCAUGAUACAACUUUACAUACAGGCCCGCGGCAAGGCAAUGAGGAACUGUUCUCGUACAUUUCCCUCGUGUACAUUUCUUACUUGCCGCUUGUAUUAAACCCUAUACGUACACGUUCCAAAGACAAUCCUAACUUUUCAAGCAACCCUAAUCUUCUCAAACUACCAUUCUUCUUAGCGGACAAUGGCAUGUAUGAAGACGUCAUCAUUUGUAUUUUUGCCGAAAACUUUUCGACUGCUGGGAAGACAAAUUUUUAUACAAUGAUUAUAUCUAAUCGCCGCAAAGACACAGCUUUGAGACGUUUGUCUGGGAACUUUUUCAGUGUGGUUAGCAGCACUAAUACUAAUCAAUCUACACCAGCGACCUUUCCAAAUAAACUUGAUUCAGCAACCUCACAAUCCCCUCCCCAGCCCAUCAUCGUAUACACUAAAAGCUAUGAUAAACUACAUACGAAUAUCCAUGGAGGUAGUCUUAUUUCAAAUCUGAUGUUUAGUUAUACAGCGUAAGUCGAGGUCCCUGGAGGUGCUCAGGAGGUGCUCAGGAGACAGUUUGGAGCGGCAUAUAGGAAAGUGAGUAUGAUGGACGACCUAUUACUAUAAGACACUUCUGAUACCUUUUCAAAGGACACAGGCUUUGUUGUAUAUCCUUGAACAACAAUCACUUAAUAGAUCAAACGACGAACGCUGUUGUGACAAUAAACCAUCCACCAAGACCAGAAUCCGAAUUAGGUCUCUGAGCUGAAAAGAAUUAAGACUUCAACCCUCUAGCCCAGACUGGCGACCAACCUAUAGAGCUCGCCCGUAUAAGAAGCAUAAUUCAUCGUCUUUCAAAUCAUUGUUCAUUUUUGUUUUCCGGUUUCCGGUGAUAAGCAUGGCCCUGCUAUGGCUGAAGUAUGGCCAAUAUGGCGUGAAGUCAUUCGUUCCAUUCUCGCGAGAAUGCGAUUACUAACAGGUUACCUUGGACGCGAAGUAA